GAUGACGAUGCAUCCGAGUGUCAUCGAUGACUCGGUUACGUUCAACUUCAAUGCUAAGAUCGAGGCUUAACGGUGCUUGACGUAAUAAUGAGCGAUAUGUCACAUGUAAAAAAGAGAAUGUCCCUUUUUCACACACUUAUUCCUACUCUAAUAACCAGGUAGAAAUAGUAGGUACGCUCCCACCUCACACAUCCAAGUCAAACUUGUAGUCAGAUUUUGUUAUCAUCUUUUUCUCGGUCUUCUCACCAUGUCCGACAUGUUCGAAAUAUGCCCACCCGAGCGGUAUCGCCCCACGAGAGCCACCUCCUCCGAUUCUAGCGACGCUGGUGACUUCGAAAUUUCCAAUGUUCGGCUCCGUGUCGGAGCCCCGCCUGCACUUCCGCUUCCCCUGACCGACGAGUGGGACGCGCGGUGCAGCCUCAUAUCCGAUGAGCUCGGCCAAGGCGUCUUGGAGAGCGAAACGAAGAAGAUCCUCUCUGCUGAGAACGUGAGCGGCGUCGUCUCCGUCAACUUCACGUCACGGGAGGGCCGACCAACUAUCCUCAUCGUGGCACCCUGGGAGGACGGCUCCUCAGCUCUCUGGGGGGCGGUGGUACGUAGGGUGAAGAAGCUCGUUGACUCGAAGCGGCUCACAAGCGAGAAGCUUCGUGGUGUCGACAUUGCUGUGGAGAUGAUUGCCGAAGAGCUCACGCUCAAAAAGUACCUAUCUCUAGUCCCAACGGAGAUCCUUGCUAGGGGGUUACAAAGGGACUGGCCGUAUAUUCAGGAUCGGGUAUCCGAAAUUCUAGAAGACCACAACGCCACAAAAGGGUGUAUGAACACACUAAGUCUCUUCAGACUCGGGUUCUCCCCCCGCCAUGAGGACAACCCCAUCACCGUCUACGUGUCGCUGGACUACGUAUCAGACGAGACCGGAUGGCCCCCCGUGGUCGAAGAAAUAAGACAGUACCUUGAGGAGUUCAACUACGUCCAGCUCCAGAUCCAUCUGGAACACAACUGCAGCGAGUAUUGACAAAACCUCAAAUAGGCAGAGGGCUCUUGGUGUACUUUACAUCACUGGAGGACGCUUGCGAAGGUGGUCUCUAAAAGUUUAAAGGAAAUAGAGGAGAUGAGAACAUGGGAAGGAGAUAUUCGAGAUAAUAAAAUGGAAAAUGAAAACAAAAUUGCAAAAAUUGAAAAUGACAGUAGAAUGAGAGGCAAAGAAAAGAAAGGUGAAUAAAAUAGGAUCAAAUAAGG